GAUGUUAUAUGCUAUAAGAUUGUAUUAUACCAUUAUACAGUGAUUAUUCAUAACGCCCCGGCAGAUUGGGCGCUAUUGUCGAAAAACACGGGACGCAAGUCGGCUGUCAAACAAAUUAUAUAUCAGAUGAAAAGAUGUCUGUCAACAAUGCAAUACUAUUCACACUCGUAACGUUAUUAUCGUUAAGCAUAAAUAAUGCAUCUGGAGAAUGCGUUGCGUCAACGAAUUGCAAAUGCGUGAUGUCAAACGGUGAAGGUUACGACUUUUCAACAAUUCCUCCUGGUCCAUUCAACGGUUUCAUCAGUUCAACGACAAUAGAGAAUGUGAUUUUCUAUUUUCAUCCAUGCAGUGACGCUUCGCUUACUGUUCCCGGAAAGAAUACAAACGGCUGCAAUAGUCCCAAGGGCAUUUCCCUAUGCAUGUAUAAUGCAACCAACAAUUCAUCCAAAAGCUUGGCUACUGCUGAUAAAAGUAGCCCAGUAACGUUGAGGUUGAAUAGCGACCCGCAGAUAAUUUUUCCCUUCAAUUCAUCUGAUGGAAGUCAAAGGACAGUUUCCAUCUAUUUCCUUUGUCAUCAUGUCAUCGAUAUUCCAACGCAACUGGUAGUAUUCAAUAGGAGCGAGGAAUCAAAUUUUAAACUAUAUCUUCUUUCACCCAAUGCUUGCAAAAUGGCAAUGCAUGUGGCAGGCCUUUCGACAGGUUCAGUACUGGUCAUCAUACUAUUUAUAUUCAGUGGAAUAUAUUUCUUGGGUGGAGCAUUAGCUUUGAAACUAUUGAGGGGAGCAACAGGUUGGGAAAUGUUACCGAAUCAAAAGUUCUGGUUCGAUUUACCCGCGCUAGUCAGAGAUGGUAUUGCAUUCACAUUCAAUUGCUGCAGAGUCGUUAGCUAUAAUGAAAUAUGAGGAUCAUCUUCUCUUUCACUUUAAGGAAAUAAGAAACGCAGAUUUUCCUGUGUUAUAACGCUUAUAAUCAAUUUCAGAUAACGGUUUGUGCCGAGUAGUUUACAUUUUUUCCUUUCAUUGCGGUUGAUCAAAUUAUAUUUUAAAUAUCUACGAAGUUUAUUUAUCUAGCAUACAACUUUGUUGCUGGAAAGUUAAGGCAGCACUAUUAAAGCAGAGCGGAGUUUUGAGGCCGUUCUUAUCUAAGAUUCGUGGAGGAAUAAAAAAAAAAAAACAUGACUAAACUAAACACGCUUAUGUUACGUUUACGUAUGUUUGUAAUAUGUAUUUAUUUUUUUUCUUUAAUUUGUUUUUCUUUUUUUCCUUAGUUUAUACUUUUCUCUACGAUAAAUUAUAAAAACAGUUGAUAUAUGUAUAUGGAUAUUAUAAAUGUAUUUCUCAGCAACUGAUAUCGCGAACGCAAUAUUGAAAUAUCUGUUAUAAAGAAACACCAAGGGGUUUUAUAACAGUAUUAGAUAAGUUCGAAGAGAUAGUUUCAUCCUUCCUCCGUUAUACUGUUUUACUUCAUAUCAGAAUGUUAUAGCUAAUACAGAGCUGUUGCCAAAUUUCUUGGUGUCUAGAUUUGAAUCUUGAAUGAGGCCUUCUCUCUGUUCGUACUCUAAGCAUAAUGGCACACUCGAUGUUUUCACACGCAUUGUUUUACGUAUAAUAUGAAUCUUUAAGCAUACUUUAUAAUUACGGAUAAACACAAACAAAUCAGUCGAAGAAAUUGUGAAUUUCAAGGUAUCAGAAACGUACCAAGGCCUUCUUCUAAAGUUUUGCAGGUCUUUCUAUUUUUUUACAAACCAUCUAGACACCUUAGUUUUAAGGAACUUCGUACAACCGAGACAUAUUUGUAUAUUGCAAUAAAUUUAAUAUUCUAUAUUACCA